UAUUUCUAACUGAGAAAAUGUGACUUUUUCAAGGAUUUUACCAACCAUACCUGUUGCCGCAAGAUAGCCGUCUCAAGCCGGCUCCUGCAUGUUGUGACAGGUUGUGGUUCCGCCAUAGCAUUUGAUCUCGUGGUGCAUUUCGGAUUUCGGCAUUUCUUCCUCGUCACUGUCACGAUGUACGUCCUAGUGAAAUGGCCAUCUGAAGAUACCUGGGACGUGUACAACGUGCGUGCGCUUACAGACGUUGGAACUGGCUUCCGAUUAAUGUACGAAGACAACGCACUUGAGAGUUUGCGUGGGACACUUGUUAGUGUUCAAUGGAAGGCUGGCGAAGAACCGGCAAUGGCGGAACUACUUGAUUGUGGUUCAGAGAAGUCGAUGGAACGGAAACGGACGAGGUUUGCAAAACGUGGUGCUGGUGGCAGUGGCGGCGAAAAGGAGGCAACUGGGGAACCCCCCUUGAAGUCACAGAGGGUAUCAUGUAACAAGGAGACGUCUUCCCAGUGCAAUUGCAGCUGCAAGCAAAAGUUGGAGGACAUUCAGAAAUAUGUCGAAACAUUGGAGGAGCGUUUGAAAGUUGCAGAGAACAAUUAUGGUGAACAUUGGCAGUGGGGUUCUUGUCGAAAAGGCAGUUCUUGACAGGCUCCACUCCCACUGCCGAGGAGCACCAACAAAGUUCGCUAGAAGCCUUCUGCGCAACCUUUUCACAGAGGAUGAGCUGCGCGGGAAAUCGCUCUUUGGAAAAGGGUCAAACGCAUGCAAAGAUGGACCUGUCAAGGAGGCCCUCGAUCCUGUGCGCGUCAACGCAGUAAUUGGUUACGUGAGUGGCAAGUUUGACACCACUGUGGUCCAAAUCAAAAACAGCCUUUCUUCUUUGGUGUCACGCGAAAUAAAGUAAU